CUAAGCACGAGAGUAUGAAUAAACUCAGCCGGCAAAUCUGUAAGUUCAGACACCGUAGUACGUACUUAAUAGGCUAACAGGCAGCGGAGUCCAGUAUCAGUUUUCUUCUUCUUCUUCUUUCUCCGUUCUCCUUCCGACCGUGUGCUGUGCAACCAAGUUCAUUUCCCGGUGAGAGAUAAAUGUCGGGAGGAAUUGCUCGUGGCCGUCUCACAGAGGAGCGCAAAGCCUGGCGCAAAAAUCACCCUCAUGGUUUCGUAGCUAAGCCGGAGACACUUCCAGACGGUUCGGUUAACUUGAUGGUGUGGCACUGCACUAUUCCCGGGAAGGCGGGUACUGAUUGGGAAGGUGGUUAUUAUCCACUAACAAUGAACUUCAGUGAGGACUACCCGAGCAAACCACCAAAAUGCAAAUUUCCACAGGGUUUCUUCCACCCUAAUGUCUAUCCUUCUGGGACAGUUUGCCUCUCAAUCCUCAACGAAGAUCAUGGGUGGAGACCAGCCAUUACAGUGAAGCAGAUUCUGAUUGGUAUUCAGGACUUGCUCGAUCAGCCAAAUCCAUCUGAUCCAGCUCAAACUGAAGGCUAUCAUCUCUUCAUCCAGGAUUCUGUUGAGUACAAAAAGAAGGUUAAACAGCAGGCCAAGCAAUACCCACCUCUUGUCUAAAAUCACAAAGGGUUUAAUUUCCUUUGGCCUUUUUCCCCCCUAAAUGUACAUAUUUGUUAUGGGCAAAACCAAGUGUUCUAUUACUCAUCAUUUCUCACAUCAUAUGAUGAUGGUUGAUGAUGCUAGCACUCUUUCUCUCUCUGCUAUGAUUGUUGACUUUUUGGAGUAUACCUAUGUUUGAUUGUAUUGUGGUGUUAUUUUGGAUUCAACUUGUUUGUUCAUCUAUGAUAAUGCUCUUUUGUCCAGUA